CGGAAAACGGAAUUGGGAUUCCUUCAAGUUGUUCCGGUGCUGGACAUGGAAAAUCCGGAAGUUCGUGCCAAGGUCGAAGAGUUCGAAAGACUCAAAGCGAAUCAUUCCUCGUCGGAAACGAAGCUGACGAUGAGCAGCAAAUCAAGUCGUUCGAGAUCUCUUUGUGGGGUAGCAUCACACAGAAUGAGGAUCAUUGGCGGUAAACAAGCUUCGGAAGAUUACUACCCAUGGCAGGCUUUAAUUCGCAUUCUCGGCAAAGUGAACUCAACUCACUCAGCUGAAGCAAACUGUGGUGGCUCCGUCAUUUCUUCAACGUGGAUUCUAACAGCUGCUCAUUGCCUUGAUUCCAAAAACUUUAAAACGACAGGAAUUGAAGUUUGGAUCGGAGCACAC